CGAUCUGUCCGGUGAGCCCGAACAGAUCACCACCAGAGCAAAGUCGAGGAGAACCAUUAUCACUCUCCGAGGCGAUGCUCAACCCUGUUAUAGACAGCUGCACUAUACGAAACCCCCUGCCGGGUCAUGACCAGCCUUCAUCCUCUGAUUACCAUUCGGCUGUGUAUGAUUAUAAUGAGGGUUUUCCUGGCAAUGGAUAUUUGAAUAUGGGAUUUGAGGGUGGGAGCAAUCUACUCUGUGAUUUUGAUGGUGGAGAUUUCAUUUCUGCGCCCGAAAACGGCCUCCAAGGGCCCCCAGGCGAGACCACCGCUCGAGGAGACGGGGGUGAAUUUUCCGGCCAACAUCCUGCAUCCUUUGGUUACUAUUCGGUUGUGUGUGAUUAUAAUGUGGGGUUUCUUGGCAAUGCAGAUUCGGGUUUGGGAUUUGGUCACAAGAGCAACGGUGAUUUUGGCAGUGGAGAUUUCUUUUCAUCGUCCACAUAUAAUUCCCAAGGACACUCCCGGCACGAGACGACCGCUGGGGGGAGGGGGGGAUGGGCCUGAGGUUUCCGAUCAAUUGCAACGACUGCCUGCCACUACAAUCAGUUAUCAUCAUAGCUUUCCUGAAUCUUUAGAUCCCAUUAAUAUGCUAUAUAAUGCACCAAAUUUCCGCGGAUAUGCCGCCGUCUAGAUAAUGUUAAGAAUGUAUCUGCUCCCAUAAUUUACUGCACAUCAAGGCUCUCUCGAAGGCGUUGUCCAACCAAAGUGCUUCCAUCGAUGCUUUACGGUGACAAGAUCAGUCUGGCCUCGCGGCUUCGGAAGCCUCCGUGGUAG